GGUUGUUAAUUGCGGAAUUGCACGGCAUACAUUGUGUCCGAUCUGCCUGCAAGUACUGGGAACACCAUUUUGCUCUAGAUCGAAUCUGAGUUUGAUUACAGCAUAUCAUUUCGGGAUCAUCGGGCUGCUCAUUCCGGCUUUAGUUUGUAAGGCAGCUCUGAUGACACAGUAAUAUGCAGAGAUGAGUGCCGAGCCGGUUCGAAAACUGUAUAUCACUCUCAGGCGCAGUUUUGCUGGGACUCGUGAGACGCAACGCAAGACCCUGGAGUCACUGGGCUUGCGAUAUAGAGAGCAAACAGUGAUCCAGAACAAUGAUGGAUGCACCAGGGGCGCGAUCUCAAAGGUGAAGCACCUUGUGGAGGUGGAAACUGAUCAGGCAUUCGCAGCUCGGAAGGCAGCAGAAGCAGCAGCUCGGGCGGCAAGGGAACCUAUCAGAGUCCUACAUCCGCGAUGAGGAGUUUGUGGCAGUAUGCAGCCCUAGCUGAGAAGUUGAGGUUGGCCUGAGCAGUUCGGCAUCCUGUGCAAGCCUGGGCGUCCGGGGAGCUAGACCUCGAAUUUCACGAUGCUUCUGGAACCAGCAGACCUGUCACAGCAACAGAAUGGGCGGGAGACUCUUGGUGCAGGUGUAAGCUGAGCAAGCAUGCAGGCAUAUAGGUGGUGAUUUAUCCAGCACUGGACGUAAACAACUGGCGAGGUUGUCCUGAUCUGCACGAGCAAGGCAGCUUGAUCACGUGUGGGCUUUGAACCUUGUGUCAGAAUAAGAUUCUGGAUCUGCGGGCGCAAUUUAGGCUGCACCAAUUGCAUCCUUGCACUCAAACAAGACCGGCGCCUGUUGAUGUCCUGUUGAUGUGCUACUGCAGCGCCAGACGAGACAGCAUCAAGAGCUUCCCAGCUAGAUUUCUACAUAUUCUUUGCAGCGCGCAGUUCUGACAUGUCAGCGCCAAUCUUCCUGUGGAUUGCAGAUGGCAAAGCCUGAAGCAUGCGGCUAGUUAGACUUGAGCGCAUUGCUUCCUAGGAGGCCCUGCUUAUUACACCUGCGUGAUCGCAUGAGAAUACCGGCAAUUUGCAUGAAUGGUUGAGUGGCAAUCACGGUGUUUGCUUGUGCAUGGUCUUGGCAGUGCUGCACUGCUACAACUGCGGCAUUGCGAGAAUCUCUGAAACUAAAUUAAUACAAUCUUAUCUGCU